GAUCGGGGUGAGGCAAGUGAAGCACGAUGAUGAUGACUAAUCCCGUUCAGAGUGCAUAGUGAUUCUGAUUCUUCCAUUUCCAUUGCUUUAGUGAGAGAGAGAGAGAGAGAGAGAGAGAAUGGUGAGGGAAGUGUCAGAGAGUUGCAUGGAUAGCCUGUUGACGGAGAUGGUUGCGUGCUAUUGCAAUCGAUUCUACGCCAAUAAGCCCGAUCUUGCUGCCCGCAGGAUCGAGGCCAUUGGAUAUCAGGUCGGUCACCAGCUCUCUGAAAGGUAUACCAUGGAGCGGCCUCGGUUCAGUGAUCAUCUUGAGGCAAUCAAGUUCAUCUGCAAGGAUUUUUGGUCUGAGCUCUUUAAGAAGCAGAUAGACAACUUGAAGACAAACCAUAGGGGUACCUUUGUAUUGCAAGAUAAUAAAUUUCCCUGGCUUGCACGGAUGUCAGUUGAUCCAUCUGCUGAUAAUGGUAGUUUAGUUGAAGAUAAUUCUUCACCUACAGCUGAAAACAAGGCAGCACAUGCAAUGAGCAUGCAUCUAUACUUCCCAUGCGGGAUCAUUAGAGGAGCUCUUUCCAACUUGGGAAUUCCUUGUGCAGUUUCUGCAGAUAUAUCAAACCUUCCAGCAUGUUCAUUUGUGGUCCGUAUAAAAGCUUGAUGAGUUCAUAGUUGUAUUACUGAUAGGAGGGGAAUCAAAACAUGCUUUGAUGCUUGUGAGCUCUUUUGUCGUAAAUUUGCUGGACUGGGGAAUGUUUCUUUGCCGUAUUUAAACUGUCAAAUAUUAUCGAUUUGGUUGUAGAGGAAGGGAUCCUGAGCAAGUAUUUUGAUAGAACGAGGAUUUGGUUCUUUCAGAUGCAGAUUGUGUGGAGAUUACGAUAAUGUGUUUCGUAAAAAAUUAUGGCGGUGUGUGGCAAGACGUUGGGAAUUUAAGUCAGUGUAAUGUUAUCGCUCUUGUAUUGAAUGCUAACCUUACAAUUAUAAUACUUUUUCCUUAUUUGA